AUGUCGACGAUCAUUCCCAACGAUAAAACAGCGGUAAAAGACGAAAGAAAAUGGCAUCGUCGCCAUUCAAUUAUUCGUGAAUUCAGCUUAAAUACAUCAACUCAUGGAAUUCCGGGUAUUGCUCGAGGUGAAAGUAUACAGAAUCGUGUAUUUUGGUCGGUCUCUUUAAUUGGCUUUACUGCUAUUAUGAUCUAUUUUAUUGUUAAAGCAAUUUUAGCCUAUUUCGAUUAUCCAACACAGUUCAAUCUGGAUAUUGUCAGUAAAUGGCCACAGUAUUUUCCAGCAGUAACUAUUUGUAAUAGUUCACCACUUCGUUUUGAUAAAUUUAUUGAACCAUUUUUAAAUUAUACAAAUUCACUUAAUUUGACCAAUUCGAAUGAUACUAGUACAUUUUCACCACUUCAAGCGACGUAUAUUCCAGAUUUUCUAAUUGAUAAGGUCAAUAAAAAUGAAUCAUUGGAAUCAAUGUUUUAUUCUCUUUCUUCAAUGCUCUACAAAUGUACUUACAAUGGUUUGCCAUGUUCAACAGCUGAUUUCAUUUCAUUUACUACAGCAUAUUACGGUCGUUGCUAUACAUUCAAUGCUAAAAUGAUCAAUAGUAAUAGCAAUAGUCUACAUUACGGAAAUGAAAAUGGUGGUAAUGGAAUACUUGAGUUAGAGCUUUAUGUACAUAACCAUCAAUAUGUGCCAUGUUUUACAACUGGUAUUGGCGUGGUAAGUGUUGUACAUGAUAAUGCUCAAAUUCCAUUAGUCGAUGCAGCAGGCAUUGAACUCGCACCUCGACGAAAACACAAGUUGGCCUAUAAGAAAAAGCAAACUUUUCUAUUACCUUUACCUUAUACGCCAUGUACUAACAAAGUCCCUUCCGAUAUGCAAACCAUGUUAACACAUUAUAAUGGUGCUGAUUAUGGCUAUGUCGAGUUUGUAUGCUAUCAAAUUUGUGGACAGGUGUAUGCUUAUGAACAAUGUGGUUGUAUCGAUCCUACUCUAUGGAAUAUCCGAUCACUUACGUUACCAAGUACAAACAAAACUAUUUUUGCACCUCUCUGCAAGUCCAAUGAUACCUGUUUUAUUGGAGCAGUUAAUACACUUUUGAAUUCGUUUGAUCUUCAAAAUAUAUAUUGCUUCGAUUGUUUACAACAAUGUACAUUGAAAAAUUUUUUUAUUCAAACAUCAUCAUUAGCAGCAGUAUUCGAGUGGGAAAUGAAUGGGAUUAAAGCAUUUGUAGAAAAUUCUUCGAUUCCAUUACCAUCCGACUGGUCAGCUGCAUGGCGUACAUAUGUUCAAGAUAGCUAUCUGGUCCUUAGAGUCGUACGAGAGACAAAUUUAAUCGAAAACUAUACACAAAAUGCACAACUUAAUGUAGUAGAUGUUCUUUCAAAUAUUGGAGGUCAAACCGGUCUAUGGAUUGGUAUUAGUUUUCUUUCGUUAAUGGAAUUCAUUGAAAUGAUAUACAGACUUAGUCGAUAUCAAUGUCAUUUGAUUCAAGUGGCAAUACGAAGAAGAUAA